UGUCUGCAUGCGACGCUAACAUUGUGAGACAGCGAAUUAACUUGAAGGUGUUGACGAAGGAUGAAUUUCCCUAUACAUAGUAUGCACGUACGUCAUUCAGUGAUACUUCGCGACUUCCGGUUUACGGUAGCGCCAUCUUGUGGAACCUAUAGGCCUAUGCGCGCGCCUGUUGAUAAGGUACCCCAAGAUGGCGGAAGGUAGCGGAAGCAGACGACAGCAGCGGAUGUGACGUCACGUGCAUACUAUGUAUAGGCUCGUUCUUAAAUAAUUUCCUUUUACAUUGUCAACCCUUUUUCUGUCUCUGUCCUUUGUUCAUAUAGCUUUCUUUAGGUAAUUUUCCUUUUCCAACUCUCAUUCCCUCCUUCAUUCCCUCUUUCAAUCCGUUUCUUUUUCAGCUUUCCUUCAUUCACGCGAAAACCCGCUUUUAAACUGACCGCCCCGCUCGUCUCACCGGGUUCUUAGUACCGCGAAAUUCCGUCAGGUAGCGCUGGUGGGCUGUGACAUCAUCGACGCAUCGACGCGCACGAGGUCUGGACCAGCGUGCCGUUUCCAUGGCGACGGACCUGGCGGCAGCGGGAACCAACCCGCGUCGGGCGCUGGUGCUGCGCUCCGGCCGAAAAAAAAAAACAAAAAAAGAAGCAGAAGUAUCGCAGUGGCAUAGUGUAAAGAAACAAUACGAAAAAGGAAUAACCGCGCAACGAGGGAAAGUGCGAGGGAGAGUGCGGGUGUGCGUGCGGGAGGCACCGGGGGUUCGAGCGCGUCGUCCGUGCUGGCAUCGGCGGGGUGCGCGCGCGCGGUUCUCUCAGUUCCAUGUCUGCCGGCGCGAGCCGAGCUCGUCGCCGUAGCAGUACCGCGGAGCAGCCGCACGUCGAUGCCGGAGGAGUGCUACGCAGGCCGGCGCAGUCUACGACUGCGGCGACGGCGGCGACAUGGGUUGCAGAAGGCGACAUGGCCGCGCCGUUGGUGCACAUUCUCCGUCUGCUGCUAGCCGGCAAGGCAGACGACGAGUUCGGCGCGACGACACCCACAGGCUGUUCUCUUUCGCCCGGUGUGUGUAUCAUCGGCGGCAUCGGCGGCGUUGACAGCCCACAGGAGUAGACAUGGUUUCGUACUCUACGUCGUCGUCGAUGAAUGCGACGAAAAGCACCACCGCGGCGGCGGUGCGCUACCGGGACGUGUGGUUUUGGUGCCGUCUGCGGUGAUGAACCGUCGUCGUCUGGGAUUCCUCGUCGGAACCGUCUGCUCGAGGAUCGUCACGCCUGCGUCGUCGUCGUCGUCUGCUCGCUGCUGCCGCGGCGUCUGCUCUUUCGGGUUGUGAUUGUCCUUUGGCUGAACGGCGGCCCUAGGAGGGGCUGCGUCUCGUCGGCCCGGCGGCAUGCCGGGGGGCCGAAGGGGCCUUGUGGCCCCGCAAAACACCUUCCUCGAGAACAUCGUCCGGCGUUACAACUCACUACCGGACUGCAGCUUCCUGCUGGCGAACGCGCAGAUCGUGGACUACCCGAUCGUGUACUGCUCGGAGAGCUUCUGCAAGAUCUCCGGCUACAACCGGGCCGAAGUGAUGCAGAAGAGCUGCCGCUGCAGCUUCAUGUACGGCGAGCUCACCGACCGGCCCACCAUCAGCAAGCUGGAGCACUGCCUGGACGCGCACGCACAGGAUCAGCUCGAGAUACUGCUGUACCGGAAGAACCGGACGCCACUGUGGCUGCUGCUGCACGUGGCGCCCAUCAAGAACGAGAAGGACAUGGUCGUCCUCUUCUUGCUCACAUUCCGGGACAUCACGGCGCUCAAGCAACCCCUCGAGGACGACGUCUCCAAAGCUGGCCUGAGCAAGUUCGCCCGGCUUGCCCGCUCUGUGACUCGGAGUCGAUCGGUGCUGGUACAGUUCUCGUCGCACCUUCCGGCCGCCAUCAAAGCGGACGCCGGUGCCGGCACGUCUCGCCAGUCGCAGAUCGCGCACAUGAUGAGCCUGAACGCCGAGGUGCUUCCCCAGUAUCGCCAGGAGGCGCCCAAGACGCCGCCUCACAUCCUGCUCCACUACUGCGCCUUCAAAGCCAUCUGGGACUGGGUGAUCCUGUGCCUGACCUUCUACACGGCCAUCAUGGUGCCGUACAACGUGGCCUUCAAGAACAAGACGAGCGAGGACGUGUCGUUGCUCGUUCUCGACUCCAUCGUGGAUGUCAUCUUCUUCAUCGACAUCGUGCUCAACUUCCACACCACGUUCGUCGGACCCGGAGGAGAGGUGGUGUCCGACCCGAAGAUAAUCCGCAUGAACUACCUCAAGUCAUGGUUCACCAUCGACCUGUUGUCGUGCCUGCCGUAUGACGUUUUCAAUGCGUUCGACAACGGCGAGGACCAACAGGGCAUCGGCAGCCUAUUCAGCGCGCUCAAAGUGGUGCGACUACUGCGGCUAGGCCGCGUGGUACGCAAGCUGGACCGCUACCUGGAGUACGGCGCCGCCAUGCUGAUCCUGCUGCUCUGCUUCUACAUGCUGGUGGCCCACUGGCUCGCCUGCAUCUGGUACAGCAUCGGUCGCAGCGACGCCGAGAACGGGGUCCAGUUCAGCUGGCUCUGGAAGCUCGCCAACGUCACGCAGUCACAGUUCAAGGUCCGCUACGUCAACGACUCGCAUCACGGCCUGAAAGCGGAGUUGGUGGGCGGGCCCCCUCGGGGCACCAUGUACGUGACGUCACUGUACUACACCAUGACAUGUAUGACGAGCGUCGGCUUCGGCAAUGUGGCCGCCGAGACCGACAACGAGAAGGUCUUCACCAUAUGUAUGAUGAUCAUUGGAGCGCUGCUGUACGCCACCAUCUUCGGUCACGUGACGACCAUCAUCCAGCAGAUGACGUCGGCCACGGCGCGCUACCACGAGAUGCUGAACAACGUGCGCGAGUUCAUGAAGCUGCACGAGGUGCCGCGAGCUCUGAGCGAGCGCGUCAUGGACUACGUGGUCUCCACCUGGGCCAUGAGCAAGGGCAUCGACACCAAGAAGGUGCUCAGCUACUGCCCCAAGGACAUGACGGCGGACAUCUGCGUGCACCUGAACCGCAAGGUCUUCAACGAACACCCGGCCUUCCGGUUGGCGAGCGACGGCUGUUUGCGCGCCCUCGCCAUGUACUUCAGCAUGGACCACUCGGCCCCCGGCGACCUGCUCUACCACACCGGGGAGAGCAUUGACACCCUCUCCUUCGUGGUCGCCGGUUCGCUGGAGGUGAUCCAGGACGACGAGGUGGUGGCCAUCUUGGGCCGGGGCGACGUGUUCGGCGACGCCUUCUGGAAGGAGCCCACCAUUGGUCAAUCGUGCGCCAACGUGCGCGCCCUCACCUACUGCGACCUGCACUCCAUCAAGCGAGACAAGCUGCUCGAGGUGCUCAACUUCUACCACGCGUUCGCAAACUCCUUCGCGCGAAACCUCCUACUCACGUACAACCUCAGGCACAGGCUCAUCUUCCGCAAGGUGUCUGACGUCAAGCGCGAGAAGGAGCUCGCCGAGAGGCGAAAGCACGAGCCCCUCCAGGAGCUCUCCCAGGACCACCUGGUGCGCAAGAUCUUCUCGAAGUUCCGCAAGAACGGCUCGGCCAGCUCGGCCGCCACCACUCCGGCCGGCGGGAGCGCCCCCGACCACGGCCGCUCUCCCGCCUCCCCGCUCGCCAUCCUGCCCUCGCCUGACAUCGAGAAGGGCGCCCUGGUGCGUCCGGCGACCCAGGUACCCGCCAUCGUGGCGAGUAGCCACGACGGCUCGGGGCCUCAGCCCCCGUCGGCACCCAAGGUGGUACACAUCUCGGAGGCUCCGCCUACGUCCACGCACGCGCCCAAGCUGUCCCGCUGGGCGACGCUGCGAUCGGACUCCGUCUCCACCGGUGACAACAAAGAGAACCAGCCGGCGGAAAAUGCACAACCACACCAGGUAAUCGUCAAGCCGACCGUGCCGGCUACAGCUCCCGUGGCGCCAUCCAUCAAAGAACAGCCCGCCGCCGCGGCGGCCAGUACCGUGCUCGUUCCUCCAGCGAGGCCCGCCGUGUCGGCGGGGCCGGCUCAGAACGGUAGCGGCGCAGCACCGCACCGAGGCCUGUCCAAGUGGGCCAAGAGCAUGAGCUCCAAGCACGAGACCAUCGAGGAGACGGCCGAGCCGGAGACGUCCAGCCCGGGCAAAGGCAGCGAGAGCGAAGAGGCACCGCCGCCUCCGCGCCAGCAGCAGCAGCAGCAACCGCACCACCAGCACCAGCAGCAACAGGUACAUCACCAGCAGUACCAGCAGCAGCCUCCCCAGAGGCCCCCGCCGCUGCCGCCGCUAGAAGCACCACCUUCUCAACCCUCGGAAAGCCUCCUGUCUCCGCGCGCGGGAGGGGGACGCGACUACCAGCAGCUCCUGGCCAACCUGAUGGACAUGCGCGUCGACCUCAAGAUGGAGAUCCAGAGGCUGCACACCAAGGUGUCCAGGAUAGACGACCACCUCGUGGAACUGCUCAAGAGCGCCGGAAGCGGCGGCGGAAGCAGCGGGCCUUCCUCGCCGCCCAGGUGCGACCCGCCCGAGGCCCCCGGAGGCGACGCGGCCGAGGCGACGUCGUCCUCCUCCAGGCGCGCCGCCGGCGGUGGCGGCAAGACUUCCAGGCAGGACGCCUCGGACGGCAAGAGCCGCAGCCACUCGCUCAAGCGCAAGUCCAGCCACAAAUCGAAGGCGCCCGAAGGUGGCGCCAGGGACUCUAAUAAGAUGGCCGCCACGGCGGCCACCACGGACUCUUCGGCGGCCGUGCGUGCUAUGCUAGAGAGUGAGAUCGCCGAGCAGGACACCGAGUGCGGCCCGCUUCCGGGAAAGGACUCGUCGACCACGUCGUCGCAGCACGACAGGCAGCAAUAACGACGCUGUGCGCGCCAUUUGUGUGUGGGUGUGUGACUACUGUGAGCAGCCUAUGGCGGCGCAAGCGCAACAUCUCUUUUUUCUUCUUCGUUUUCGGCAACCCGCAGUAGCGCGCCGUUUAGUGAGGGCGGUAGUUGCGGACUUCGUCAGUCAGAGGACGUUGCUACGCGCGAUCCGAGAACGAGGGAGCUGAGAAGCGCCGUCGGGCCUUUGUCCUCGGUGCUCCAGCUUCUUGCGUCUCCUGAGAUAAAAAGUCUCUUACCCGCAGGACGCAGUUACAAAUCUGUACCAGCCCAGGUGGAGUCCUGGCGGCUCACUUAAAACUGGAAACGCUACAGCAUACUGCCUCUUACCGCUCUUCCGCUCCGGUGGCUUGCGCAGCUCAAUCGUUCUCGCAUCGCGUAGAUGGCUCGCGGGGACGUCACUGUGGCCGCCAUGUUGUUGAACCGCGAGCGCGCAAGCGUGACUUGUUAGAACUGAAGUUUGGGCGAGUCGAGAAUCCGUGGUCGAGUAACGACAUCGUGGCUCACAAAGGCACAGUGCGAGCGAAGGGCGCACGCCACACAGUGUUGUAUUUCCGAUUUACAAUCGCCAAUUGCUAUGGUCCGCUUUUCAGGUGUUUGCAGUGUACAGUUGCUUGCCGCACUGGUACUAGUCACUAGUCACUUUACUGCGCACCGCCAUCUGACACACCCUUGCGGACUUCUUUCCCUUGCUUCAGUGGCACCAGUCGAAAGUGUGCUACAACACUCCGUCCGGCAUCGGUGGAUGUUGUGAAACACCACAACAUUGAAUUUGGCCGGUCUGAUUAAUCGUGCCGCAGCAUUGCGCAUCUAGUUUCGCACUGGUAUGUCCUUACCAUAUCUAAUCCCGUCUUCCUAUUUCCCCCGUACACAGCGGCAAGCUAGAGGAGGCUAGCUGAGAUCGUGCCCGUCUGUGCAUUCCUUGAAUAAAAUAUUUCUCUCGCGUUCGCAAGUACUUAAGAACCUGCCUUCUUUGUCACUGUAGAAAGUACAGCGAGCGGUUUUUCUUUCGUGUAUCCUGACAGCGCUGUGUGCUUGUGCCUUUCGUCCGUACUGUUUCAAUGUGGACACUCUUUUUCGCGCAUGCGUGAAAGAAAGCACGCUGGCGCGUCUAUCUAUUCUGCUUAUUCGAAAGGGCGCGCGGCAAAAAGCUAUCCACGGUGAGCCAACGCAGCGCUUGUGACGUCACCUGCAGGCCAUCUCCUGAAAAGGCGGACGACAGCUACAGAAGGAUAGAAAACG